UCCUCUCAAUUCGUCUUCUCUGCGGAGCACUUUUUGCUAGUUAGCUCACUUUUAGCGGCUUCCAGAGGUGCACCGAACCCCGGAGGAUCGUGGCUGGCGCCUCGGCUGCAGUAAAGCGGGGGGCAGCCGGAGAUUAGCGGGGCAGGAGUCGACAUCCUUCCCCGAACUGCUGCUGAAACCAUGAAAACAAUGACGAAGGUACUGACAGGAGGAGGCUACUACCGAAGGUGCAGCCCUCGCUAGACUUUCCCCUACUGCAUCGCUCUGCCCGCUGCCCCGACUGCACCACCCCACCCUGACACUUUGCCGUCAUGGCCAACCACCUGGAGCUGAUCCAGGAGCUGCAGCAGCUGGACAAGGUCCCCAGUCUGGAGAGGCUGCGGGCAGCCCAGAAGCGGCGCACUCAGCAGCUCAAACGCUGGGCCGUGUAUGAGAAGGAGAUGCAAAACAAAAAGCGCAAGGCGGACAGGAGGGGACGCACCGCCAACGGCUACCAGCACGUCGAGGCCAAGAGGAGAGUGUCGUUCGCAGCCAGCGUGGCGCUCCUGGAAGCGUCAGCCAGGAACGACCCGGAUGAAGUGCGCUACCUGCUGAAGAACAACGUGAGCCCAGACCUCUGCAACGAAGACGGCCUCACAGCACUUCAUCAGUGCUGCAUAGACAACUACGAGGAGAUGGUAAAAAUCCUACUGGACCGUGGCGCCGGCGUCAACGCCCAGGACAAUGAGCUGUGGACGCCGCUGCAUGCCGCCGCUACCUGUGGCCACGCAGGCCUGGUCAAGAUACUCAUUGCACAUGGUGCCGAUCUGCUGGCAGUCAACUCUGACGGGAACAUGCCCUACGACCUUUGUGAAGAUGACCCAACACUGGACAUUAUUGAGACGGCCAUGGCCAACCGAGGCAUCACCCAGGAGAUGAUCAACGAGACCCGGGCGUCUACAGAACGGAGGAUGCUGGGAGAUAUCCAGGAACUAGUCAGGCUCGGCGACGAAGUCAACCGGCAAGACUCGCAGGGAGCCACACUGAUGCACAUCGCAGCCGCCAACGGCUACAUGCAGGCCUCCGAGCUGCUGCUGGAAGCCGGAGCUCGAAUGGACUUGAGAGACUCGGACGGAUGGCAGCCGCUCCACGCCGCCGCGUGCUGGGGUCAGAUGCACGUGGCUGAGCUGCUGGUGUCACACGGAGCCAGUCUCAACGCCAAGACCUUCCUCGACGAGACCCCGAUCGACUUGUGCGAGGAUGAGGAGUUCAGAGCCAUUCUGCUGGACCUGAAGCACAAGCAUGACAUCAUCAUGAAGUCUCAGCUCAAACACAAGACUUCGCUGUGCCGACGGACAUCCAGCGCCGGCAGUCGUGGGAAGGUGGUGAGGCGAGCCAGUUUGUCCGACAGGCACAACCUGUGCCGAAAGGAGUACGAGACGGAGGCCAUUGUGUGGAGGGGAGGCAGGGAGGAGGAGGAGAAGGAGGACAAAGAGAAGGAUCCUGACCCGGAGAUCUUCCAGGUGCUUCAUGUGAAGCCCGCUGAGGCAACCGAGUCGUCCGAUCAGACCAAGCGACCUACCAUCCUCAAAGAUGGCAGCAGCAAGCACAACGGCCUCAUCUCUACAACUGCGUGCGUACCCGCCCAGCCACCAGCCAACGGCAAGUCAGCGACGGACAAGAGCACGGUCGCUACCGGCCAGGAUGAAACGUUAUCUCGCGAAAGACCUCAAACUCUGUCGGAGCUGAAGAAGCAGCGAGCGGCGGCUAAGCUGUUGAACCACCCCCUAUUUAACGGUCACCUAGUUAACGGUUCCUCGGACUCCUUCAGCGAUGCCAAAUCCAUCUCGGAUGACCCCCGCAUGCCACUGGUGUCGUCUAACGGCAGCGCCGUAUUCUACACGCCGGCCAGCGGCGACCCGCCACUGCUAAGAUUUAGGCAGCCUGUCGACGAAGAGGAGCCCAAGUCGCGGACCUGCUGCUGCGUGUCUUAGCGACAUGGUUUUGCGAGACCAAGAAACUGCAAGAGUUUGCACAGAGGAGCUGGAGCUCAAGAAGUUGCCACUCAAAAAAAGAGGCUGCAAGUGUAGCAUGAGCCAACAAACUGAGUCUUUGGGUUACAUUUGGACACAUGGAAGAAAAACAAAGAUGGAUGGCUGAAGAUAAUUCAAGGCAUAAGUGGAACUUCCAAGGUCAAGCUGUUCCGUGACAUGCAAAAUGUUCAGAUUUUUGAUGAUCAGCAUUUUUUAAGAGUUGCUCGGAUGCCUACCAAAAUUUAGUUGCCAAGUAAAAACAGGCAUCAAGUGGCUGAAGCUUUUAUUUGUAAUUUGCGAAGUUUGAAGCAAUUGGGCAAAAAGAAAAAAAUCCCACCAUGCUCCAACCCAGAUUCAACAAUGAAAACUCACAUUUAGUUUAGUCUAGUACACUUCAAAUUUGGCAGCAAAUUGGAAAACAAUUUUGAGGCAAGUUUAUGUUUGAAGGACCCAGGCAAAAAGCCCCAAUGAAACCAAAAUAAGCGCAACCUCAAAAUCAAACAAAGUCGAUCGGUUCUGUGACGCUGGUUGACUUCCAUCUAUUCUAUUUAUUUAUUUCUAAUCUAUUUUGAUUUGUCAGAGACCUGUCACAUGACCAUUUCACCACAUUUAUCUUCACUCCAGCUCACCCACAACUCGAUCGAGGUGGUACAUAUCAGAAAAAGCAAACGGCGCUUUCAACGCCGUCAAGGGAAGGAACGCCUUAAGUGUUAUUGUGUACUUUGACAAGCCCCUCUUUGUAUACUGUACGUUUACCCCCAAACUAUAUUUGUAUUGAUCGGCGUUGAGAUAACUUAAGAGUGUUGACUGUACAUUUCUUUAUUUAUGUGUUCCGUGUAUUUAUUGUUGCGGAUGGUGUGUGGAGAGUGAGUGCGAUACAGAGAAGAGCCAGCAAAGCACUUUUCUUUUUCCUCAUACGAAAGCAAAAAGUUUCAUCUGUGGAAAAAAAAAAGAAUGCAAAAUAGAAAUAGGCAUUAAAUCGAAUUGGGCAUUUGACAGGUUUGUAUUACAAUUACCGUACAGUGUUUGUCACUCAUAUCGUACAUGUUGCCUCGUUUCCACAUCAGUGCCAAAGAAUCUCCCAUAAAUAAAUAUUGGUUCCCUUAAAGCCACAUUAAUUUGCGCUCCCCUUUGUACAGUGUCAACAAUUUGUACAGAUGAAUUUGUAAAUACUGUCGUCUGUCUGUUCCCAUACAAUGUUGCUGUCCUAAUGGAAAAUACACUUAACUAAUCCUGCGUGUCAUCUGCCUGCCAAGUAUACUCAGGUGUCAGUGUUUGUGUGUGAUAUUCUUUUUGUGCUCAAAAGUCAGGAACAAAGUCCGUUUUUACUGUAUUACAUGUCACCUAACGUCUAGCUGCUGCGGUGGAAUAAAUUGACCAAUACCUUCACAAAAUAUACAGUAGUUAUAUAGGUGAUUAUUAACAAAGGUCCACAUAUGGACGGAAGAAUACCACUUAAAAAAAAAAAACUACUGAUGAUGUAAAUGUUAGACUGACGGCUGCAUUCACAUAUUUUGAAUAAAUUGUAUAUUUUGGGAAUUGUU